UAUGACGUUAAUGUGCGUAUGACGUAUUGUUUCACGUAUCUUGUUUUCGUUUUGUAGAUGUAACUUUUUUCCGGUUUCGUGGCUAUUUGGCAAAAUUUGAAAGUCCAAGCAUGAAAGAAAUAUUCUUCUGGACACCCUGCUUAGUGCUCCUUUCCCUUGUUCUAUCCAUCAACUGUAUAUCUUUUAAUUUAGAACCGAACACAAGAAAAUGCUUAAAAGAGGAGCUGCAGGGCAAUGUGCCAGUUAUUGGGGAGUUUGAAGUCUCAGAACAGCCCGGCCAGAAAAUAGACUACAUUGUGACUGAUUCAAAAGGCCAUAUUUUAUCUCAGCGCCCCGAUAUCUCCAAGGGAAAAUUCUCUUUUAACACUGAAACUUAUGAUAUGUUUGAGAUAUGCUUUAUUUCACAUGUUCCUCAAACACAAAAAGGCAUUACCCAACUAGUAACUGUAAAUAUGAAGCAUGGAGUUGAGACAAAAAAUUAUGAAACUUUGGGCGAUGCAGCCAAUUUAAAACCAGUGGAAGUCGAACUUAAACGGUUGGAAGAUCUUUCCAAUGCCAUUGUUCAAGAUUUUGCCUUCAUGAGGAAAAGAGAAGAAGAAAUGAGGGAUACCAAUGAAUCAACAAACAACCGAGUGUUGUAUUUUUCAAUAUUUUCGAUCUGUAUAUUGCUAGGAUUAGCAGUUUGGCAGGUACUAUAUCUCCGACGAUACUUCAAAGCCAAGAAGCUAAUUGAAUAAUCUUAGUGAAUUAAAUAUCAAUGUUCACCGUUUGGUUUUCCUUUAUAACUUAAUUUUGCCUUUUAAUUUAUCAUACCGACUAUCAUUUGUUUGUUUUUGUUUUGGUCACACUUAGUUUUGUUUCUAUGUAUCAAGUAAUUGGUUAAAAGCUAUUUUAUGUUUCUUUUUUUUAUAAUAAAAGUAAAUAUUUUGUUAUAAA